AUGUCGACAUCGACGUACCCCAAAUAUGAUUUACAGCCUGCUAGCGUGGAGCACUUCUCUGUGGCCUCCCGGCCUGCGCCUUGGUCGCAAAUUAACACUCGUCUCGAAUACGAUGAGUUUGUAGAGUAUCGAACCGAAGAACUGUCCCCAGAGAGACAUGCACACGUAGCGUACGGCAACAACAUUCCAUCGCGACCCAAGGAAAGCACCGGUGGCUCCCUGCUACUACGCAAUACGCAACCAGACCCUUACACUUCUUUGCCGCGCGCGCCGCCAGUUUUGUCGCCUGCGCCGCCAUCCUCAGGUGCUGAUGUUGUCCGAUGCACACAAUGCCACGUUGCCUUUACUGGCGCAUAUGCAAAAGGCAACCUCGGGCGACAUCUCCGGCACAAGCAUGCCUUGGUCAGAGAAGUUAUAUACAGGUGUACGGUUUCUGGAUGCGACAAGACAUUCGCUCGCAAAGACGCCAAGUUGAAACACGCACGCAAGCACCACCCUGGACUACACUCCGAUCCCAUCAAGAGAAAGCAAGGCAAUGGAGCUGUGAUUGUAGGCUCACCACGCAAAGUUAGUGGAGGGUCAACUCCUCGUCGUCGGUCAGAUAAUAGAUCCCCUCGGAUCAACCACGGCUCGGAAUUGCAAAUCGUUGGGCCACAGGCGCGCAAGACUUAUGCUACGAAGUCUAUAUAUCCUCGGGGCCAAGAUCUUCAUCGGAUUGAUCAUACCUACCAGACAGUAAAAGCAGCAAUCUCAGCCGAUUGUAUUGAGCCUCAACCCUCCCAGUUUGCCGACUACAAUGGCUUACCAGCUGCUUCUACCGACUGGGAAAUAUGUUCUUCUCUUCAACACCUGCGACCUCCUUCUACCGAAUACAAAUAUGGACGAACGUCUGCGCCAACGACUUUUACCGGCUAUCAUAGCUCAACGGGUAUGAGUACUCAGCUAAGCAACCAGAGCUUCGACACUUCGCCUUCACCAUACUCCAAUCCAAUACCUACUGGGUCGAGUAUAAUACACGAUAUGGAAGAGCCCAUUAUCCAUAGUCCCUUGACAUCGCUUUGCUCCCAUCGCCCAAUAGCUCUACAGUAUGAAGCCUCACCCUACACGACACCUCAUGAUACCCUGCUCAGCCAAGAGUCGUUGCCGGAAGACUAUUUUCAGGCCGUACCUAGAAGCGAUGCAAGCAUUGAUCUUUCAUAUAUCGAUCCGGUCCUUUUCCAGCAGCCGCUCGAAUGGGCCCACUUGCUGGAUGAGGAUUUAGAGUAA